AUGCAAAGCCAGGUAGCCAAAGAGCUGAAUGGGCGUAUUAAAAGCUUCUAUCGUAAUGCUAAUCAGAUAAAAAUCACAUCAGCGUUGUCCCGAUUCCUCGGUCGCGUUUCAGUUUUUUAUAAGAAAUUAUGUAAAUCCGCAGGUGGCGUCUACCAAGGCAAUACCAGCGCUAAACAUUUGACCGAAGCCCUCCUCGAAUGCGUUCCGAAGUUCCUCGCCGCUUUGUAUUUCUUGCUCUACAAGGUGGAUUAUAGAUUCGAUGCAGUGGGGGGAGGGAAGUGGAAGUAUAAUAUCCCCGGAGUGGAUGGAUGGAGGUGGUGGGGGCUUAACUACGGUGAGUGGGGAGGCGACAAGCUGCACGGUGAUGCCAUCGGUGUUGUGCCGGGAGGCUUCGAUGCAACCGAUUUGAAAGAGGGGUGGUACUACUAUUAUCACGGGGGUUAUUACUAUGCGGAAAAUAUGGUAGAGGACAUCAAGGCCGUUGUGGAGAAAAAAAGCAUGCACAAUUUUUUCCGCGACAUCUUCGUCACUUCCGUUAUUGCCUCUACCGGCUUGGAGCAUGUAAACACAGCGAACGCCAUCGGCUUGGUGGGCGUGUUUUGCGAGAUUGUAAAUGCGGAAGCAAACAAAAAUAGUAGCGGCGGACAGUUAAUACAAGCAUUGAAUGACGAUUUGAAAAAGCAACGAGAAUUUCAAGGCAGAUCCAUAGAUUGGGAUGAAUUGAAAAAACAUUGUUUUAAAAUUAAGAAUUCCUUAAUAGAUAAUCUUUUUGCCCGCAAAGGUUUUAAUCACACUGGUCAAUCUCCGGAUAUUAACAACCUCAAUCAGAUGGAAUUCGCAAAAAAGACGGCGCAGUGGUUCAGGAGUAAUUUGUUGAAAGUGCGGCAGGACUUGAGGCAAAGUCAGCGUCUAAACUACGCUUCCAGUGAGGUUCCGCUUAACUUUUUCGCCACCACAUUUCUUUUUCCUCACGGAUUCAUAUUUGGUAAAGGACGAUAUGGGACGCUGGGCAAGGAUCGAGAUACUUUGAAAAAAGAGUGGCCAAGUGUCGUUAAAGAACUUGAGCAAGACGGUCGCGGUCUGAAAAGGCUUGUAAGGAUUCUGAAAGGCGAGACGUCUGAAGAGCAAGGCGCCGGAGGGUCUCCUGGUGCAGAUGAAGAUUCAGAAGACAGCGAUUCAGAUGACGAUACAGCUGAGCCCUCAGGUGCGCCCCCUGGUCCAGGGCCUGAGCCAGCACCUGUGCCUCCACACGUGCCUUCAUCAUCAGGAACAUCCGGUGCUGGUAGCGGUAUAGGGCGUGGCCGUGGCCGUGGGGGUCGGGGUAGGGGUCGUGGGGGUCAUCGGGGUGGUGGUAGAGGAAAUCGAGGAGGUAGAGGUGGAGGAGGGGUAACAUAUAUAGUGCAGAAACGUAUAAAAACAUUCCGUAAAGGUGGUGGAGGUGGAAAAGGUCCGGACCGUUCUUCCGAACCCCAGCCAUCUCCUGGCGCAGUUCCCACUCAGACUUCAGCUUCACCAGGUGAGUCAGUGGUUAACACUGGACAAGAUAUCGCUGGCCAUGAAGAUGGAGAUCCCGAACUAGAUGAAGAUCUGCCGGCGCAUGAUGGUUCGGGUAUGGAGAAUCCCCGCAAUUAUAAUCAGCCACAAGAUCUGCUUGAUAGGGCAAAAGCCAGGGAGAAAAGAUUACAAGAUGCAAAGGAGCUUAAAGAGAAGGAAGAAGAAGUGGAGCGUGCCUAUGAAGAUGAAAUGCAACGACUUGAAGACGAGCGACGUGAAAGGCAGGAGGCUAUUGACGAGUAUUACAAUCAGUUGCAACAUUACCAGGAUGCAUUGACCGCUCUAGACGGAAACAGUGCCAUACCUCCAGAUCCAAUUGAUGUUUGGCUGAACGGCAACGUUUUGCAAGAUUAUUCUGACCUUUUAAGGCAACAAGCGGAUGUGGAGAAAUAUCACUACGCUGACCAAAAGCUACAUGACAGGUACGACAAGAUGCAGCGUAAUGCUUAUUUAACGGGAAACACUGGACCAAACUCCAAAGGUCUGUUGGGUCGCAUGGUUCCACAAGCUCUCGCCUACAAUGACCCCUUCACGGGUCACAUGGUAAAGGCGCCAGAACCUGUAAUCAGAUAUCCGCAAGCUCCAACUAUGCCGGAUUUUACAGGGCAGCAUAUUCCCAACGUUAAUUUAAAAUAUCCCUGGCCACCACCUCCCCCGAUCCAAAAAACGACUUCCCACCCGCCUCAGCCUACGGAACGCUUUCCAACUUACCUCCCUAAACAUGAUCAUGCGCCACAGUUACCAGACUCAUCGAUCAGCGGAAGUAAAAUAACCCCUGAUACAAUUCCAAAUGCCAGCAUCCCAGUGGAUCCUCGCGUUUCGGUGGCAUUUAUGCCACAAUUCACAGGUCAAGCUAUUUUGGAUCUUGAAGGAACACGUCGCUUCUCAAAUGUUGCUCCCACUUUCAAUAAUACUGGAAAACGUGCUCCUACUCCGAAUAAAUUGCCAGUCACUGUACAACUUGAAGACCAAUCUAUUGGGGAAAGCUUAAAAUUCUACGGCAGCACCCUGACAAGUUCCUCCAAAGAAGAGAUGACGCUUUGCCAUGUUGAAAAGAUAGAUCCUCCAGUUCCAGCAGUUCUGUUCAGUGGAUCGCCCACACCCGAUCCCAACUUGAAUUCUUCACAUAAUCCUACGGCUAUCUUGCCACCGCCUCCAGGUCUCGGGGGUGGCGAUAUAAUGAACAGUGAUACUGUUGGUGCGCAGCGUAUUGUCUCUUCGACCUCCACGCCUGCUCAGGAUAAAAGCGUUAAGGCUCCACACCCUCCGUCCCCUGGUGUCUCUGUUUCUACUGGUGGUCAGUUCCCGGCUGAGUCGGCAUCUCCAUCUUUUGACCAUAAUAGUAAAGGCGAUGAAGGCUCCCAGGUUGGUAAUGACGCAGAUUCUCCCGCUGUGUCAGCUUCCCAGUCACUUGGUUCAGGUGGUAGUCGGGGUCGGGAUGGACACGUGCCUCCAUCGGCCCACGACCUACGCGGUCCUCCGAUCAUCCUUACCGCUUCAGAUCCCGACAUAAGCAUCACCACUAGCAAGUCCACCACACAAGAUGCUCUGCCAAAUGGCAUUGGACGCGAUGGAGGAGACGGGACGACGGAAAGGGAGCCAGGUGGUAAUUCAAAGGGCCGGCCUUAUACAGAUAAAGAACAUGACAUGUCUGCGAACAUUUUAGCCGCCAAGGGUCUCACUCUUUCACCUUCAGACCCUUACUCAAUUGGCCUCUCUCGUCAGCCAGGUCGCCCGGGUACAACUUCACCUGGCAAGCCUGGUGCCCCGCCAGGUGAUGCACAUCCUCAGGCUUCAGGUGUUCCAAGCGCUGGAAAUGGUGACGAUUUGCGUGAUCCUAAAAGCCAGCCUGGAAAAGAUCCUGCAAAAGGAGAUGCUACAUCUCCCGCUGACAAGCCCUCUGGUACUGAUAAUGCUGGUUCUGAUUCUCCAACUCGAGAAGACCAGCAUGGCCGAGUGACUCCUGGUGACACUAUAUGGCAACGUGGUCAACCGUUAACUCGUGGUAAAGGGGACGAGCCAGUGUGGGAUAUCCUGGAUUUGGGCCAAGAUUGGGAUGCAGCGAAUGGAUCGGAUGAGGGGAAGGAUCCAGUGAGUGCUGGAGGGCGCCCACCCGCUGCCGCCACAUCACCUACCCUAACCCAGCAGCCUGAUGUUGCUGCUAAUGUUAGGAAUUCUAAUUCUCAAAAUGUACAGAUGCAAGAACCUGUGGAAUUAAAGUCUUAUAAAGGCCCCAAGGGGACUCUUAGUCCAACUCAUUCCCCCAGUUCUCUUAGACCCCCUGGUAAACCGAAUAACCAGGAUGCGGAUACACACGGCAGCAGUAAAAAUGCACUGCAACCAGGUGGCCCCCGGAGUGUUGCACGUAGUCGGUCUACGAGUGUUGGAAGUCGAGGUUCUCGGUCAUCUGGCGGCCAUCCUUCCAGUGAUAAGGGUGUAGGGGACCAUACGUCAUCUUCCACCGCUAAACCAAACACACGCGUCUUACAAUAUGGUAGAAGCUCACUUCCGCCUGCCGACCUCGCUUCCCUAUCUAGUGAGGAAGAGGACGAUGAAGCCGAUGGGCAAGAUGACGAUUUGUCAGUGCUGUCCCCCCCAAGAUUUCCCUCCAGAUCUCCUGUAGGUCCUGCCAUUCCUCCUAAGCCAGGUGCCGAAGGUCCCGGGUCAGAGGGCGGCGUUAAUUCUGAUCCACAGCCUGUCAGUCAUUCAGACCCGACGCAUCUUCCUGGAAGCAACAUUUCAAUUCCAGGCGUUUCGCCGUCUAGUGUGCAUAAUUACGGUGGUGGUCCAGGCCUGGUUGGCCAUCCGGUAGCGGAUCACAUGAAUGAGAAAGGAGGCAAAUCUCGGAUAUUGCAACAUGAAGAUGACGAGUUGAAGUUAUGGCAAAAAGUGCAGAAUAACUUUAAUACCUCAUCAACCGGAGUGUCUGCGGCUGACGCCAGAGGCCUACCGCAAUCCACGUUUCCCCCAGUUGUCGCACCUUAUGGUAUUGCAACAGGUUACCGCAUCAAGCUGCAAAGGAGUUCGCUGGGGCCACCGAAAUUUACAAUGAAGACAAUGUCAUUGCCACAGAUUCCGGACCUCACAGGUGGACACAUCACGGAUCAUAAUCUAAAUUCUCUUAUACCUCGGCCUCCAGUAGACAUCCAAGUUAGGAAUAUCAAUCCCAGGGAUAACAUAUUGAGUCCUGAUAUUACUCAGCUCCCCCCGCUGCCUGAAGUAGGAAAUAUACCAGCUCUCUUACCGGAUAUUAAUCACUCAGGCCCACCUCCAUAUCCUUCCAUGGGUCGUGACGGAAAUGACGAUGAACCCUCCACCUGGGGGAAUGUUAAGGAUUACGGUCAUACUAUUGACGUAAAUUCGGGUAUGUGCAUUGAUCCUCGGUACUACGAUGACGACCCUGAUACCCUGUCUGCCCUGCCCUCGCCCCCAAACACCGACCAUCUUCCCCCGCCCACCACCGUCCGGGGAAUGUUGUACUGGCUGCUUGGCCUUGCCGAAUUAGGGUAUAUUCCGAGAAUCAAGGAGCACGUUCAGGGUAUUUUGAAGGGAUUUAGUAAGGAUGUCUCCCAGCCUUAUAGUGCCCUCGAGGUCACCGGGCUGCACCCCCAACUGACCGCUUCCCUUGUCGCCGUGACCCUGAGCGAGGCGUGCCUAUACGCGGCCAGCGUCGUCUACGAAAUCAAAUAUUACCAUGAUUUCGAAGGUGUUACAAAUUUGAUGUUCGACUCAGAGUAUGGUCAGCUUUAUUAUUCUCUCGACUCCGCUUGCCUCCUCUGCCAGCUGCUGGACUACGUCUACGCCUGCCACCACCAGUUGACGUUCCUAAAGUCGCAGUGUUCUAGGCAUCAGUCACAGGGUGGUUGGCAAGAGUGUGAGUACGGCCACAAGGUCCACGAUUCUCCUCUCCAAGCCUUCCUGACUGACAGACAGGACUGCGCCUUCGAGACUUACCCCUUCGACCCGUACAACCUGUGCCUCAAGAGCCAUGUCAAGAUGGGAUUCACAAAGGAGGAUUUGCCUAAGAAUCGGCAAAUUGGCCGUAUCCUUUACUAUAUUCUCUCUCCCCAAUGCGGCCCCGAAGAUCCCUUGCUGAGAUUGUCGUCUUAUCUCAACUGCAUUACAAGGCGAACUCCGCGCACAACCGGGGAGCUCGUCUCCUUCUUCCACAAUGCUGGAAAUGUGCUGCAUGAUGCGGCUUCAGAAUUGUCCAAGCUGGGCUCCGCCCUCUCCAAGUCAUAUGACAACUGCCCCGACUGGGACUAUCUUCGUGGCGCCGACCUCCGAGCUAUCAGGGACGCUCGGGGCUCCGCCCCUCCCACCGCCACCGCCAACCACGACAAAAACCAUCCCAAGACCCUGUCCACACUACUUGGCUGCGACACCGAUAAUGCCAAGUGCGCACAACACAUCACGCCCAUCACCUACCGGGCCCAUUCCCUCUACUCGCCGAGCAUCGCCGACACCUAUCUCAGCUGGACGGUCUACCUACCCGACAGACUGUGGGAAUCACUGCUCAGGCUUCAUCAUUAUCUCAAGAAGCAUACGUGUUCCAAGUCCAAGCCCCUACACCAGUGUGACAAGGCCCUGCCUCUCCUCUACUGUCACGGGAUCAUGCCACCGGAGGGCAUAGGACACCCGUCACUCACGUGUACACAGGUCAUGAGCAAGCUGGAGGAAGUUGUAUCCGGUCAUCCUAUCGCUGACCUUAUGACCUGCAUGGACAAUUUCCUCAUCGGCAUCCGUGGUCCCUUCCUCUUUGCCAUCACAACGCUCUGGAUCAUCGCCACGCUCUACAUCUUCGGCGUACUCCUCUACCGUAUGGACGUGCUGCGCAUCCGCUCGCACCUCCUGCGCUCCAAGGCGUCUCAUCUCAUCGACGUCAAGGCCUUACUCUCAAAAGGCCGGAAGCUGCUGUCACUAUACCGCGACGUCGACUACUUCGACGACGAACCUAUGGGCCAACUUGGCGCCUCGCAAUAA